GCCUCUCUCUCUCUUUACAAGUUUCUCUCUCUACCAAUCUCCUCUGUUUUUUUCUUGCUCUGUUUUCAAUGGAGGAACAAAACUGGAUAAGAGGACCAACCAUAGGCCGAGGCUCAACCGCCACUGUCUCGCUAGCAAUCACGAACUCAGGUGAACUCUUCGCCGUCAAAUCCGCUGAGCUUUCUUCAUCGGCGGUUUUGCAGAGAGAACAAUCGGGUUUGUCGAAAUUGAGCUCUCCUUACGUAGUCAAGUACAUUGGGUCUAGUGUGACGACGGAGAACGGCAAACCGAUGUACAAUCUCCUCAUGGAAUAUGUUUCCGGCGGGAGUAUUCACGAUUUGAUCAAAAGAUCCGGCGGGAAGUUGCCGGAGCCGGAGAUUAGAUCCUACACGCGUCAGAUAUUGAAAGGUUUGAUGUAUCUUCACGACCAAGGAAUCGUUCACUGCGAUUUGAAGAGCCAGAAUGUUAUGGUCGGAGAGGACACCGCGAAGAUAGCCGAUCUGGGAUGUUCUAAAAUGGCGGGAAACGGGAGUUUAGAAUUUUCCGGUACACCGGCGUUUAUGUCACCGGAGGUGGCGCGUGGUGAAGAACAGAGUUUUCCGGCUGAUGUGUGGGCUUUGGGGUGUAUGGUGAUAGAGAUGGCUACAGGUUUAAGUCCUUGGCCGGAGCUAAACGACGUCGUGGGUGCGAUUUACAAGAUUGGUUUCACCGGCGAGUCGCCGGAGAUUCCAGAGUGUUUGUCGGAGAAAGGCAAAGACUUUUUGAGGAAUUGUCUGAGAAGAGAUCCGAAACAGAGAUGGGCUGUUGAAGAAUUGCUUCAACACCCGUUUCUUGAUGUGGAAGACAAAUCUCAAAUUUUGUCUCGUUGCUGUCUGAAUUCUUCUUCUCCUAGUACUGUGUUGGAUCAAGGUUUCUGGGAUUCAUGUGAAACCUCGAGAAGUCCAUUAAUUCAAGACCCAUUUGCAAAUUCUUAUGAUUUAUGGGAUUCUUCAGCUGCUGAUCGGAUCAAUAAACUCGUCGGAGAUGAGAAUUCCGGCGAGCCGGAGUGGUUAACGGCGGAUGAUGGUUGGAUUGAAGUUAGAGGCAACGAGGAGGGGAAACGUAACGAAGACGAAGAGGAAGAUGAGAAUUGCGUUGAAGCGACGUCAUCGGAGGAAGACGAAGAUGGAGGAUUUGAGAAUUGGAUCUUGGAUCAAGAAGACAGCUUGUUCUUGGAAUAUUCUUCCACUGAGAAUAACGUUUUUUAUUUUUACCCUAGUAACCUCUUUGAAGAGGAUAAUAUUAUUCUAUACUAUGAUCAUCUUGAAUAUGGUUUUGUACAAAAAGAUGAUGACGUUCUUGAAAAUAAUAAUAAGAAUCAUUUCUUUAGCCACGUUACAGUUUUACAAGUUCUAGUUUCCUUUUAUCAGAAUCGACAACGUUGUGACAAUCACACCUAA